AUGUCAUCGCCAAAUGUUUUAUUAUCGAAGGCCUCCAAAAGGAACUUACAUAAAAAAGAACUACAUAUUAUAAAAAAGGCCAAAGUCGAAGACCCAGACCAUUUGAUUGUUGAAGAGGAUCCCAGUUACAAUGCUAAAACAUAUUUUAUGAUCCUCAGAAAUAUUUCAGUCAUCCUUGAUAAAAAAGCUAAAUCACAAAAACUUAUUAAUAAUAGACCAGAAUACGAUAUGAAAUAUGUCAACUCAUAUAUUCUGAAUUAUUAUAGUAUUAAUGAUUAUCAACAAUUCUUUGAAGAACUCUUUGAGACUGAAAGACAAUAUGAUACUUUAUCAGUUAUUCAGCCUAAUGAAACUCCAUAG